AUGGAGGACGGUUUCAACACCAGAUCACCCUCAUCUGCCUUCACUCUCCCGAGUUCUUCAGAGACAAUGACUUCUAUUCAGCUCUUGGAUUUCAGAACAAGUUUGCUUGAAGCACUAGAAGAGCUGCGUAUGAGGAGGGAAGCGGAGACUCAAUAUGAGGAGCAGAUUGCUAAAAUUAUUUUGGAGACCCAGGAACUGAAAUGGCAAAAGGAGACUCUUCAGAAUCAAAAGGAGGCAUUAAUAAAGCAACAUGAAGAAGCAAUGGAGGUUUUUAAAAAUCAGCUGCAAAUGAAGAUGUUUGUCUUGGAAGAAGAAAAGGGAAAAUAUAAACUUGCUACAGAAAUCAAAGAAAAAGAGAUAGAAGGAUUGAAGGAAACAUUAAAAACAUUGCAGGUUUCUCAAUAUUCUUUACAGAAGAAAGUGAGUGAAAUGGAACAAAAGGCUCAUUUACACCAUCUAGCUAAAGAAGAUUAUCACAAGCAGCUGAAUGAAAUUGAAAAAUCCUAUGUCACAGUAACAAAUCAGUUUGGAUUGGUGAGAGAGAAUCACCUAAAGUUAGAACAAAACGUACAAGAAGCAAUGCAGGUAAACAAGAGACUCUCUGCCAUAAAUGAAAAACAAGAAUCUGAAAUACACAGUUUAAAGAAGGAAUUAAAAAAAACAGCUUCAGAGUUAAUUAAGUCCAAAGUCCUAUGUCAGCAUAAGAUGGAAGAAGAAAGUAUAAAUCUGAUAAUUAAAAAACAAAAAUAUGAAGAGCUUCAAGAAAGACUCAACACGGAGUUGGAAUUAAACAGGAAAAUUAAUGAAGAGAUUACCCGUCUUCGACAAGAAAGACAUGAUACCCUCUUUUGUUAUGAACAUAUGCAGCAAUUACUUCAGCGUCAGACUCAAGCUAAUAAUGAAAUCGAUGAUGAAUUGAAGGCGCUAAGAGAAAAUAAUCAGACCCUUGAAAGAGAUAAUGAGCUGCAAAGGGAGAAGGCAAAAGAAAAUGAAGAAAAGUUCCUUAAUCUUCAGAGUGAGCAUGAGAGAGCACUAGGAACUUGGAAGAGACAUGUUGAAGAACUUAGUGGGGAAAUGAAUGAGCUUAAAAUUGAGUUGUCAUCACUUAAGGAAACUCAUGUUAAGUUGCAAGAACAUUAUAACAAAUUACGUGACCAGAAAAAAAUCGAGGAAUGCAAGAAGUUUCAGAAUGUUCUGGAACUAAAUAAUGAAAAUAGUGAUGAACUAUCUAUCACACCAAAGUACAGUUCUGGUCAAGAAAUAUGUGGGGAAAAUACAAAGAAUUUUUGUUCAGAUACUGAAUACAGACAAAAGGAAGAAAAGAAAGACCUACCUGUAGAAGAAAUGUCAGAAGAUUUGUGGCCUUUGGAAGUAAGUACCAGAAAUGAAAUUAAUACUGUGGUAUUUCAUGAAGGAAACCAAAGUGGAAUGUCACCAAGUGAAGCCCUUUGCCUAGAUAAAGACCUAACUGAUCAAGAACAAACCUCCAAUGUUACUGACAGUGGAAAAUCAAUCACCGUAGAAGUAAAAGACAAGCUGUGCUUAGAAGAAGCCAAUAGCUGUUUAGAAUUUAAAUCACUGAACAAUUUCUUUUUAGUGGUAGAUGAAUCACUAGAAACAGAAAAGAUAUGCCUAAAAGGAACUGAAGGAUUAGGCCUUCUCCACAGUGGUGUAGAUGUACCUCUGGACACUCAAAGUCACAAAGUGUCCCUUAGUAGCGUUUCAAAUGAGAUGGCCCACAAAAGAAACUAUAACACCAAUGUUUCUGAAAGCACGCCAUUCAAACAGCAAUUCAAAUUGCUUCCAGCAAAUUUGGAAAAUACUACAGAGAAGGAAAUUACAAGUCAUGACCAAACCAAAGCAUCAGUUCAAGAUAAAAAGCUAAAUCUUGAUCAGACUAAGAAACAUGGCUUAAAGGAUUCAAGUAAUGUUAUGUUAGACGUUGAGUACCAAAAAAUAAAACAAACAUUACGUGAAGAGAGUGAGUGCAGCAUGGUACCUUUUUCAUGUUAUCAGCAAGCAAGCAAGGCUCCCAAGAAGCCUGAAGCAACUGUUGCCUGUGUUGCGGUGAUCAGUCCAUCUGCUGUCUCUGGUGAUAAUUUGACAAUACUUAAGAAUUCAGAAAACAAUAUUAAUACUACGCUGACAUUGGUGAAACCCACCUCAAGGCCUGCAGAGGGAGCUAUAAGGAAAAAUAUAAAUGACAUUCAAGACAGUCCCCUUAAGAACCAUUUGGGAGUUUCAGAAAGCGGUGUGACGAUCUCAAACAUUCAGGUUAACCAAAAAACCAGUCAUGCUUUGCAAGCCAAAGAUUUAAAAACUGCAGUUCCCAUGACAUCUUCCACAGAAAGACAGCAUUCCGAUGAGAAUCAGACAACUGAGACCACAAAAAGUGGUCUCUUUUCCUUGGGAAGACAGUGCAUGUUGCUGACUAACAGAGAGAAAGCAGAGGCACUAAAUGACAUCCUGUCAGAAGGAACAUUCCGUGAAGGUCAGUUGGAAGACUCACAUUUGUCUCAUGGAACACCAUCUGCAGACUCAGUAAACACAAGUACAAGGCCAGCCUUUGAUCUUCCCACUCCAGAUAAAGUACCCGAGAAAACUCCAGGAUACAUGAGGUUUGUGGCUUCUAGCCCUUGGUCAAAAAUAAAUCAAAUUAAAACACGGGACACUGUAACUUCCAGCAUUCCUUUAUUGCUGAAGGAGAGACCAGUAGGUCUGUCAGAAAACAGAGUGAACACUCCAGUGACUUUCUGUAAAAAUGUUGGUUUGGAUGACACUAGAAAAAAUACUGCAGCAGGUACUGCCAGCAUUAGCAGAGUUGCUGACACUGUGAGUAACUGGAGUAUCCAUCCAGAUCCCAAGGGACAACCCAGUGAAGAGAGGAAUGCAACUGCAAAGACGUUUUAUGAUUCUUCUUUUCCCACAGAACAUGUGAAAGCAGAGCCCUUGAUUUCAACUGUGCAACAAAGCCAUUCCCAGACAGUCAAGAUUGCAGACACUCCUGAUCCACUCGCCUUUUCUCCUGGUAACAAUGACUGGCAGAGCCUUGUGAUAAACCGACUAACUGAGAUUGAAAAGUUACUAAGCUUAGAAAGUGACAACCAGCCCAAGAAAAGAAAAUUAGAAGAGACAGUAGAAAAAGUAACUGAUUAAAUGUUGAUAGAUGCUUUCAUUGGUGAAACUGAUGUACUACAUGCUUUAUAG